AUCAUUUUUAGAUAAGAAAAAAAUUUUUAGCAAAAAAAGAGUAGCUUUUCUUUAAGGCUUAGUCAAUUUAAUUUACAAAAAGUGUCAGAAAAAGUUAGUUUAGUUGCUCAAUAGUCUAACUUUUUAGACUUUUUGAGUAUUUGUCAGGGUUAGUAAAACAAAAUAGGUUAGAUUGAUAACAAUAGAUAUAUGAAUUCUAAUAAUGGAGCUACUAAGCAGAUUAAAAAAACGUUAAACCUCAAUUACUUGAGCUAAAUUUCGCCCUAUAUAACAAAUCCUAGCAGUAAAAAUCGGUCUAAAAGCAUAAAGAAUAAUUCAUAAUCAAUUAAUAUAACCGAAAAUGAAAAAAUUACUUAGAAUUAGUAAAAUAAUUAAAAUGUUAUUCGACAAAGCCUAAUUCAUGAAUAAUUGAAUAAUUAAGUAGAAAAGUUGGAUAAAUAUAAAUUCUCGAUGUCUGAUAAAAAGUAUCCAACUUCACCAGGCAACUAAACAUUUUAAAAUGUAAGCAACUCUUCUGCUUCAAAAGCUAUUUAGAACAGUAUUUUUGCAAUUAGAUCUUCACAGAAGGGUAAUCAAAGUAAUAUGUAACAUAGAUUAAUGGUAAAGCCAGGCACAGCAAGUAAUUUCUAUUAGAAAAAUAACAAAAAAGCUUAUGGAAAUAAAGGGUUUGCCACAUUAUCUAUAAGCGGAGUAGACUAAAAAAGUAGUGGCAUAAACAACAACGCUGGGUAUAGUAAAUUUGAUUCCUCCGUAAAAAUGAAAACAGAAUAUAACAUUUAUAGCGAUAAACUUGAAAAAAAAAUAUUGGAUGAAAAUCUUUAAUCUAUGAAUUAAACUGCUGGAAGCACAAAAAGGAAGAACAGUAGUUAAAUAGUUUUCAAUACUCAAGCAAGCUAAAAGGAUUUUAAUGUGCAUCAAUCAUUUGACAACAAUUCAUUCAGUCAAAUGAUAAAUUCCUAUGCAAAUAGUGUUUACAUUCCUAAUUAGAAUUAUCCUAGUAAUUAUAUUUAACAAAGCCCAAAUACAUACUAGAGCAACAAUUUUUACAUGAGCACAAACUCAAACAACUUUUUAAUAGCCUAAUAAUAGAAUGAUUUUUAAAACACUAAUAAUUCUAACAAUAUUUAUGCAUCUCAAAAUAGUGGAAGUUAAGCAUAAUAAAACUUUGAUAAUAUCCAUUCUAUGACACACUCUACAAACCUGAUUGAAGAUAUGCCUAUAUAAGAUAGUUAAGUGGUUAACUCUUUUUCAAAAUCUACUAAUCUUACUUAAAAUAAAAACUAUUUUCCAAUUCAUUCAAAGCAAGCAAGCAUCAAUAUAGCUUCAAACAUUCAAACUUUAUCAUAGAGAUCUCCAUAAAUUGUUAAUCCCAAUAACUGGAUUUAAUAAAACUCUCAAAAAAAUAAUACUGUUUACUUUUAACUAGAAAAUUAAAGUAAUUAUAACUCUUGUUUGAAUUCUAUCAACCACACUCAUAAUCAUAGCAUUCUAAAUGGGAGUGCAAUGCUUGCUGUGAGCUAAUCACAUAAAUCAUCUUCGAAGAACUCUUAAAAAUAGAGUUUCAGUAUUCCAUCUUCUACAAACCAAAAACUAAACUCAAUAUUAAAAAUCUCUAUCUAAAACAAUUAAAAAUAAAAAAUAAGUGCAAUGUCUCCAAACACAUCAAAUCAAAACUCAUACAUUACUAAUAAAACAAAUUAUAAAAAGUAGUACAACAAGCAGAAAAAUUUAUCAUUUGGGUCUAAAAUACUUUAGAAUUUUUUAAAUACUUAGAGCAUCGAUUUUAAUUAAUCUAGCUAAAAGAAACCAAUUUCAACUCCAAACCGUGUAAAUAAUUCAGAAAUGGGAUACAGAGAAAAGGUUAAUAGUAUUUUGAAAGGCAUAACAAAUUAAAUUGAGCAAAUACAAUUUCAAUAGUAGUAAUAAACCUCUCAUCAAAAAAAUAGUAAAGCCUAUAGCAUGUCAUAAAGAAUUUCACAUACAAUGCAUACUUAAAUGGAUACAAACCCUUCUCCGACUAGCUAAGAUAAAAAUCCAAUAAUAAAAACAUUAAGUUAGCCAUAGCUUCCUCCAUAAUAGUAAUAAUGUUAAAUAAAUGACUUUCAAUAAGUAAAUGCUCUGUAAUAAGAUAAGCAGAGUUAAUAACUAAUGAUAAAAGAUCCUUUCUUAAAAGAUCUAGAAUACGUCUCAGAUUAUAUGAAUACUUUGUAGCAUAAUUAAUUAUUUGUAGCCAACAUAAAGCAUCCUUUUUAUUUUUGUUCUGGAAUGAGAUAGCAGGAAUCACAAAAUCAAAAGGAAAAUGUGAAAGUAGAUGAAAUAAAGCAAACCAUAUAGUAAUUAUCAUAAAAUAAAUCUUCUAUUUCAGAUUGGAAGCAAAAAAUGCUGCAAAAACUUGAAAAUUUCGAAAAUACUAACAGUAGUUUUUAAAAAUAAAAAAAUAAUUUUAAUAGCUAAUUUACUGAUUAAUAACAACAAAAAUAAAUAGUGUUCCAAGGUUAAAGUCUAGAAAUGUAAUAAGAAUAUCAAAUUUAUAAAUAAAAUAACUUAAACUUAGAUUAACUAAACUCCUAAUAAAAUAAUUAAAUAAAGCCUUCAAACUAGUUAUAAAAUAUAUUAAGCUUAAAUUAAAAUUUUAAUCUAAACAAAACAAAUUAUUUAAAGAGAAAUAAUAUUUGA